AUGUCCGGAAGACGUGGUGGCAACACCAUCCGCGGCCCCCGAAGUGCUCUCACAGACUUCCUUGCCGCCAACAACAUCUCAGCACAGCAAAUCCGUGACGACUACCAACGAAGACGACAGGAAGGGGAGGAAGAUGCAGGCGAAGGCGCCUCAGCUCAAGCUCCACAGCAAGACGAUGAUGAGGCAUUAGCGGUGGCGGCUCAAGCUGAGGAGGACGAGAAGCAAACCAAGAAGCGCAAGCGCAAUGAGAAAGAUGCCAUAGACAAGAUCAAGAAGGCUAAAGCUUCCAAGGGCGGUAAAGGCAAGAAAAAGGCGAAGAGAGGCGAUCCGGACCUGGACGAUGACGACGGCGAGGAGUACGAGGACGAAUUCAACAAAAAGGCACGACCUGCACCUGGACAAUUCGAGCACUGCGAGGUAUGCAGCAAGCGAUUCACCGUCACGCCGUACAGCAAGGAGGGGUCGGACGGCGGUCUGCUAUGUACGCCAUGCGGUAAGGAGUUCACGAAAGAUUUGAAGAAAGAGCAGAAGGCGGCACAGAAACAGCCUGUGAGUCGCAAGAGACGCAAGAUGGAGAGUGAGAAGCUGGACGGCGUCGCUGCCGGCGGUGCAAAGUCGCUAGUUCAGCUAUGCAUCAAUCGUAUCGCACAACACCACGAUGACGUGGAAGAGCUCGGUGAUCUCCCUGAGAAUUUGCUCGACCGUCUUAGCGCCAUCUUCUCCAAGAAGCGUGUGAUGAAGUCAAAGACUCUACCUCUCUUCUUACGACCUGAUCUGGAUGCGGUCAUCGUGCAUGAUGCUGCAUACUUGGAGGAAGAAGACUACCAACAAAUAUUUGCAGUCUGUCCGAAUAUGCGGAAGCUUGCUCUAAGCAAUACCUGCCAGUUCAAGGAUGCUUCCGUGGACUACAUGCUUGAGCGCUGCCACAACCUGCAACAUAUACAGCUCUAUGCUGCCAAUCUGGUGACAGAAGAGAUGUGGCAUAGACUGUUCCAGGAAGCUGGCAGUAAGCUACACACAAUCAAGCUGAAGUGGCUUGAUGCCGCUUUCGAGGAUGAUGUCGUUGCGGAAAUGGCUGAAUGCUGUCCCGACCUCGAACGUCUGAAGCUCAAGCUCUGUCGUCGCCUUGGCGAGCCCGCGGUCGAACACAUCGCCACCAUGAAGAACCUCAAACACCUCUCCCUCCAAAUCGGCAACAGCGUUUCAAACGACACUCUCAUCGACCUUGUUACCAAACGCGGCAGCAAGCUCAGCACACUCUCACUCGACAAGUUUAUCGACGCCGACAACGAAGUCCUCCAAGCCAUCCACGACAACUGCAAACGCCUAAGCAAACUCCGCUUCUCAGAAAACGACACAGUAAGCGACGCAGGUUUCGCCGCUCUCUUCACAAACUGGUCGAACCCGCCUCUCACCUUCGUCGAUGUCAAUUCGACCCGCGAUGUAGACAAUAACAAUCCUACUGGUCCGGAAGAAGUCAUCGGCGUUGGAUCCUCGGGCUUCAAAGCGCUGAUGGCACACUCCGGCCCCGCGCUCAAACACCUCGAUGUGGCAUCCUGCCGCUUCAUCGAGCUCUCGGCUUUCAUUGAUGUCUUCAAUGGUGCGCAGACGUAUCCGGCGCUGGAAUACAUCAAUAUCAGUUUCUGCAACAAAGUCGAUACGAGUGUGACUGCGGGUAUUUUCAAAAGUUGUCCGUCACUUAAGCAGCUCGUGGCGUUCGGGUGCUUUGAUGUGCAGGAUGUUGUUGUGCCGCGCAGCAUUGCGCUUAUUGGUGUACCGAGGGCACAGGAUGCGAUUGAGCAGUUUGGUGUUGGUAUUGGUGUUGAGGAGGCGAUCGGGAGGAUGGUCGAGGUUGGUGCUUGA